AUGAGCACUUUACAGCCCCUAAACAUAAACCAACUACAGCCAUUUCCUCUCCUGAAGGAGUUAAGUGCUCUUCCCUCUCAUCUUCUUAACCAAUUCGCUGCUCUGUACGAAUUGACGAAGGGCUAUGUCGUUUCGCUAGAUACGUAUGGUAGUCACCAACAGGAUAUAGUAAAUAGAAUAAAUGAAAAUGUAGACUUGCUCAAUCGCAUUCUGGAGCUUAUUUCUGACUAUAAUGCAUGUUCACAACAGAUAUCUCGGCUGGCGCAGCGGCUCGAACUGCUCUAUCGGCAGUUUCUCGAGCUUGAAACAGCCCAGUACCAACUUUUGAGCUCCAACUACAAUACCAAUGUAUUAAAGAGUAAAUUUGAGCGAUUUGCCAGAGGAAGCGACGCUACCAGUAGCAGUAUGGCCAAGUCAUAUGCGACCACAGGUGCAGAGAGAGAUCUCUUGCAGUUUCUUCGAGAAUUCAAGGACUCGCGGAAGGAGUAUCAUAUGCAGCGAGAGAAAUUGAAUCGGUGGGAAGAAGAACGAGUCAGUGGACUCUUUUAG